UUUGCUUCUCCCACAGGCACGUGUGAUGGCAGGCGCGGCGGCCGGUCCCCGGGAGUACGGCGGGGCAGUGGCGUGGCCGCGGCUCGUUACGUCACGUCCAACGGCCUGUCGGAGGCGGAGCAGGCGCCGUCGUUGGACUACGUGACGCUGCUGGAGGAGAUGAGCGGCGACUUCGGCGUCCGGUCCGACGUGGUGGAGGCGGCGACUCGAGAGCCCGAGUACCACGGCGCCGAGACCCUGGUUGUGCCGCUGUACAUCCCCGAGGGCGCCGUGCCGAUCAACCUGGCCAGGAUUGCGCGCUCGGGCAGCCCUGAUUCUGUUGUCGAGCUCGUCGACAUGAAGGUCUCGCCGUCUGCGGAUUCGGUCCUCAUCCGACGCCUUGGGCCAGCCAGCGGGCCCAGGACGCGCCCCAGGCGCCCCCCUCAGAGGACGCGCGUCUCCCGCCUGCCCUCCAUUCGCAGGUCGGAUCUGACGAGCCAACGGCCAGUAACGCUGCCCACGGCGGUCCCGGGCCCUCUGCUGGCGCGCUUCGGGCAGCGCUUGACGUCGCCGAAAGCGGCUCCCCUCAUAGCCGUCCGCCGCACGCCCCUCACACAGGGGGUCUCGGACAGGACGGCGGAAGACAGCGAGGAAGAGGAAGAGAACAAGCGCGCUAAGAAGAACGAACUUAGCAAGGACUCACAGUUUCACCAUCACCCACCAAGCGGCGCUGCUGAAAACACGAGUUCUUCUGCUUCACCAACGGAGCCUCCCAUCACGACGCUCAGACCCGCGAGUCCCGCCACGAGUUCUUACACCACGGAGCCUGCCACGUCAUCUGCCGCCACCACUUCUACUACUACUGCUGCUACUACUACAACUGGCACUACUACUACUACUACUACUACCACUACCACUACUGAUGCGUCUCCCAGACCAUCAACGGAAACAGCUGAUGUGGCUAUCACCCCGGGUACGUCUGCAAGAUCUCCCACGACCACAACAACCCAGGCGACUCCUUCAUCGACAGAAGAAAAUUCCUCGCCUUGGGACCGCUCAGCACUUUUCCCUUCCCGCCCUGUAGAGUCUUUUCUGAAGAAACAGAAGCAGGAUACCACUACAGAGGAACCACCGUCAACAACUACUACUACUACUACAACUACUUCCACGACAGCCACACCCCGUAGGACAGGCCACUUUAGAUUUCGUCCAAGGUUUAACAGACAGAAGGCAACCAUCACCACCACAUCAGCCACCAGUACAGAUUCUAAUACCACUUCAACAUCCACGACUCCUUCAACUACCUCAGUGACACCUACUCACAAGACUUCCCUGCCUGACAGAAGUAGAAUUGUCUUAACAAAGAGACCUGCAUCCACAACUGAAAUGCCUGAUGUAACAUCACCAUCAUCAACAACAACAACUACAACUACAACUGCUACAACAACUACUAGUAUUCCCAUAAGCACCACUACAAAAUCUCCACCAGUAACUACAAGGAGACCUCCUCUUUUGCUUGCAACGAAAAGACCUACCACGACUACCACAGUGUCAACCACAACAGAUUCUACAACUUCAACGACUCUUACCGCACCAGCUGAAACCACCAGGAGGAUUCCAUUUGUCAUCCGGAAACCAGGUGAUGCACUGACUCCAGUGAGGAAGAUGCCGAGUGUCAAGGAAGUACUUGGGAGCACUGAAGAUCAAGAGCAGCACGAGGAGAAGGCAGCAGACAUAAGAGAAAACAGCACAAAUGCCCAUGUUCCUAACCUGGAAGUCACAACUAAAGAUAACAUAUCAAUUGAAGAGGCAGUCAGCCAAACGCACAUCAGUGAAGAGGAAGACUUGAUGUCUGAAAAGGAAGAUGUAGAAACAGAACUCGAAAGUGAGCCCCCUGUAACACCUUCGAGAAAGGAUCUAAGGUGGUCUCGCCCUCUGCCACAGAAUCCCAACUCAAAGGUCAGAGGUGAAGGAAGGCCGAAUGGUCCCCCCAGAAGAAGACGACCUCGUCCUCGAACAACUUCCCUGCCUCCUGUGACUCGGGCUAGCGAUUAUUUCAAGGUUCCUGCUGAGUUUGUUGCAGUUAGCACAGCAACUGAAGCGACAGGAAUGCCUUCAAGUAAUGCCUCAUUAACACCUAACUACAACGCAUCAACAUCACACCCAAUAGCAGCUGGGGCAACUGAGAAAUCUCCAGAAGAAGUUGUAAUUGAGAGCUUAACAGAAAUCAUGAAGGAAGCCACCACCAACAACAAGAGCAAAGACAAGUUUUCCACUAUUGCUGGGAACCUCGAGGCCCUGAACAAGCAGUUGGCUGAGCAAGGGAUUCAUAUCAUCCAUGCUGAGAUAGAUGGCGUUCGGAUUAAACUGGACAAUCGUACCCUAGUUCGACCCACUACUUCAUAUCCAGAACCAACAACAUUCCGACCUUCUACAGAAUUUAAAGUUUCCUCAUUAUCUGACUUCCUUUCAACCACAGAAGAUCCCUCAACUAAUCUGUUUUCACCGCCAGUAGAGAAUCCAGACACUGAUGAAUCAGAGGAAGAUAUAGAAAAGCAGAUAUAUACAUCAGUUAAGUCUUCCUUCUCUAUCCAUACAUCCAAGCCCACGGAUGUGGAAGAUGAGACUGAUAGUGCUAAUGAGGUUCAAAGUACUACAAAUGAUUCAAGUUUCACGACGCUGAAGCCAACAGAGCUAAAGAAAUUCUCAGACAAGCCAUUGCGAGGAGACUCUUUCGGACCUGCUCUCUCAACCUCUUUCGUGCCAGAGGAAGUGCUGAAAGACAAUAGAACGAGGCAGGAAGAAACACCUUUCGUAGCAGAGACUGUACCAGUUCAGACAAGUACAUCUAGUGAUGUCAGAGAGAAGGAUGGUGAAGGACACACACCGCUGUCAUCGUUUGUGAUCUCGGCCACCUCCACUGUCCCUGCAAGUGUUACCACUCGAACAAGAUCAACGACUGUGCCUGUGACCACACACAUACCCAUAUUCAGAUCUUCCAGUUUUAAUCCGAAAGUUACAACAUCGGCAGUAUAUCCGAUUGACGAGGCUUCCGUUAGCGAGAUUACAGACGAAGAACAUGUAACAGAUGCACAGGAUCUAGCACCUAACUUGCAUCCUACGUCGCACCAUCGUCCUGUUUCACUGCCAACACAGCCAGAGUUGAGUACUGAACAUGAGGUUCCCAUGACACCAAGGGAUCCCUCGAUUGCAAUUGUUAUUGAAGAGAAAGUGAACAGAAGCACGACAUCCUUCGUGUUCAGGGGCAGGAGCACAACUCGACGUCCAAUCAUCGAAACCAUCUCCAAUACAAGGGGAGUCCAAGAGCCUCCUGCCCCAGGUUCUGUCACGGUUGUCAAGGACACUGCCAGCGAGGAGUUCAGUGAAACCACUUCGUCUGCGUCGUCGUCUUCCACGGCCGUGUACAUCAUUGGUGUGCUAGGCCUUAUUCCAGCUGCAGGCCUCGCUUUCUUCCUUGCUAAGAAGUUUUUAAGGAAGACCCAAAAGGCUUUACCAGAGAGCGAGGAGAGAGCCGAAGGCUUCACCCCCAUUACACAUCAUACCCGUAAACCUUCUCAUUCUAAUACUCUGGAUAUCGAGCCUUCAUCAGUAGAGGCCAAGAACCCCAAAUUUACGCCAUGGGAAUUCCCGAGAUCCAAGCUCCGGCUUGUGUCCGUCCUCGGUGAAGGCAACUUCGGUGUGGUGUGGAAGGCCGAGGCGCGGGACCUGUGCGCGUGCGAGGGCGCCACCGGGGGGCCGACUGUGCUGGUGGCAGUCAAGGGAGUCAAGGAAGGCGCUGGCCAGAAGGAGAAACAGGAUCUGCUCAAGGAGCUGGCCAUCAUGCAGCACAUUGGCCAGCAUCCAAAUGUUGUUACGUUGCUUGGCUGCUGUACUCAGCAAGAGCCCUUCUACGUCAUUAUGGAGUACGUGAUGUUCGGCAAGCUGCUGGCCUUCCUGCGCGACCACCGCACGCGACACAACUACUACAACUUCUCCUCCGACACCGAAGCCCUGACCUCGCGCGACCUCACCCGCUUCGCCUGCCAGAUUGCAACCGGAUGCGAUUACCUGCAAAGCCGCGGGAUCAUCCACCGCGACCUGGCUUCGCGCAACAUCCUGGUCGACCACAACAAAGUGUGCAAGAUCGCCGACUUCGGGCUGGCUCGCAGCGUCAAGGAUCUGGGUAGCGACAUUUACGAGCAGAAGAGCAGAGGCGCGCUGCCGAUUCGUUGGAUGGCGCCCGAGAGCCUCUACAUGAACAUCUUCACCCACAAGUCAGACGUGUGGAGCUUCGGCAUCCUCUGUUGGGAGAUCGUUACUCUGGGGUCGACCCCGUACCCCGGCAUGACCGCGCGCGAGGUGAUGCGGCGCGUGCGCGAGGGCUACCGCCUGGACCGCCCCGAGCACUGCCGCCCCGAACUCUACCACAUCGUGACCAAGUGCUGGCACCAAGACCUCAACAAGCGGCCCACGUUCUCAGAGCUCAAGGUUGAGUUGGCUAAUCUUUUGGAUAGCCAGCCUGGCUACAUCAUUGAUCUUGAAAACUUCCCAGAAGGCAGUUACUACUCUAUGCACGAGAAUAACGAGGAAAAGCUGUGAUUUGUUUAUAUUUCUUAUGAAGGGAUGUUCAAUUAGGUAUCUCUGUUAGGGUUUCUCAUUUCUUCCUUUGUACAUAGCUUAUUUUAGUCCAACAGUCUUAUUGUUUACAUCGUUUAUUCCUUCUGCAUGUUUCCCACACACAAACAAAAAUUCUUUUCACUCAGUCAUAUUUAUACCCCGAUCAAGGAAGACCUGACUUCAUCCCUGCCCUGUGUCACUCUGGUUGUCAUUACCAUGCACUGUGCUGUAGAACUUGAUAGGUCGGAGGCGCCAAGCUGGUCUUGGCCUCCGUUAGGUAGGGAGACGGGAAGACGCCCGGCGCGCCGCCAGGGUGCCAAAAGUCGGCCGGGGUUUUCAGAUCAUGAAGCUGUUACCGAACAGAUAGGCAAUACAGUACAGGGAAUAAAGAAAUAGUAUAGCUGGAGCAUGAUCUUUGCGUGGAGUUUAUUUGAGAGACGGAAAAUGUAAGUUUACAGUUCUGAAGCUUUACCAAAGAUAGCAUAUCUGAUAUUUAGCAAGAGUAAUAAAGCAUGAUUGGACAGAUCAAACGCCAGAAAUAUUAAUGUAUAGUAAACCAUUUGUAUUGAGAAUUGGGUAUAUAUAAUGUAGGAAUUGUAAAAUGAACUGAGUUUACCUACUCUUUAAGAUUCAACUCUGUUGGUUACAUUGUUAAUGUAACUUCAGUAAGAAUACAGUUGCUAUGUUCUUGGGCAUCAGUGGAGUAAAGACAUUAUCCUCUUUACAUUAUGGAGAAAAUAUGGAGGACAAACACACGUCCACUGAGCCUCUGUAUGUAAGAAAUAUACAUAGUAACCUGUAAAUAAAUCUGUAUAUAUUGUUGAGAAUUUUUGGAUAUAUAUAUAUAUAUAUACACUAGUAAGUUUAUUCCUUAAGUUGUUGUCUGAAUACUUUUAUAGUUUGGGUACUUAUUCAUAUGAAAUAUACAUCAAGAUUAUAUACAUCAUGAAUAGCAUCUACAGUGUAGUUUAUUUUUUAAUAAACCUAUUUUGGGCUUCACUUUAGUCUCACUGGCUCGAAGUCAGUCAUUCUGAUGUGGCCCCGUGCGUUUGUGUGUGUUAUUCUCGCAGCAUUGAGUGAUGUGUGUGUGUGUGUGUGUGUGUGUGUGUGUGUGUGUGUGUGUGUGUGUGUGUGUGUGUGUGUGUGUGUG